CUCAUGAAACUCAAGCAACAAAUUAAUUCAAUUCUUCUUGUGUAGUAGCUCCAUUCAAGAGUUUUUUCAUCUUACUUCUAUAAUGGCAGCUUCUACAAUUGCUCUCUCUUCUCCUUCUUUUGCCGGAAAAACAGUGAAACUCUCACCAUCUUCUUAUGAAAUUACUGGAAAUGGGAGAGUCACUAUGAGGAAGACCACUACCAAGGCCAAGCCUGCCUCAUCUGGUAGCCCAUGGUAUGGUCCUGACCGUGUCAAGUACUUGGGACCAUUCUCUGGUGAGGCCCCAAGCUACUUGACCGGUGAGUUCCCUGGUGACUAUGGAUGGGACACUGCUGGACUUUCAGCUGAUCCAGAAACUUUUGCCAAGAAUCGUGAGUUGGAGGUGAUCCACUGCAGAUGGGCCAUGCUUGGAGCUCUUGGUUGUGUCUUCCCCGAGCUCUUGGCCCGUAAUGGUGUCAAGUUUGGUGAGGCUGUAUGGUUCAAGGCUGGAUCCCAAAUUUUUAGUGAGGGUGGACUUGACUACUUGGGCAACCCUAGUUUGGUUCAUGCACAAAGCAUUUUGGCCAUUUGGGCUUGCCAAGUUGUGUUGAUGGGAGCUGUUGAGGGUUACCGUAUUGCUGGUGGGCCUCUUGGUGAGGUUGUCGACCCACUUUACCCUGGUGGUAGCUUCGACCCAUUAGGCCUUGCUGAUGACCCCGAGGCUUUUGCUGAGCUCAAGGUAAAAGAGAUCAAGAAUGGUAGACUUGCUAUGUUCUCCAUGUUUGGAUUCUUCGUUCAAGCUAUUGUCACAGGAAAGGGUCCAUUGGAGAACCUUGCUGACCACCUUGCUGAUCCAGUUAACAACAACGCCUGGGCCUUUGCUACAAACUUUGUCCCCGGAAAGUGAAGUUUUUUAAAAUGAGUCUCUUCCAUUAGUUGUUUGUUUGAUGGCCUUGUAAAGCUAUUGUAAAUUACAAGAACAUAAUAUAUA